UAAAGCCUCCUCUUUCACCCAAAAACCCUAAUCGACACACACAGGAGUCGACUGCCAAGAUGGUUCAGCGUCUAGUGUACCGCUCGCGCCACAGCUACGCCACCAAAUCGAACCAGCACAGGAUCGUCAAAACCCCUGGAGGGAAGCUAGUGUACCAGACCACAAAGAAGAGGGCAAGUGGACCCAAGUGCCCUGUUACUGGCAAGAGGAUUCAAGGGAUCCCUCAUUUGAGGCCUGCUGAAUACAAGAGGUCUAGACUGUCUAGGAAUAGGAGGACUGUCAAUCGUGCUUAUGGAGGAGUAUUGUCUGGAGCUGCUGUCAAGGAGAGGAUCAUUCGUGCCUUUUUGGUUGAAGAACAAAAGAUUGUGAAGAAGGUGCUGAAGAUUCAGAAGGCCAAGGAAAAGCUAGCUGCCAAGCACUGAUUAAAUGAAGAGUCUAGUGAGUUCUUAUUAGCUUCUAGAGUGAUUUUGGCUGAUAGCGGGCUAUGGAAUGUUGGAGGUGUUCAAAUUUCAUUUUUUGUUUUGGUACUGCUGUUUUUGUUAUAAUUUUGAGUACAUUUUUCGAAAUCCACUGCCUUUAAUUAGCUUGUUGUGUGUUGGUGGUAAGAUAUACGUUCCAAUUUUCUGUGUAAUGACUACAGAUCGGUAGUUUUCUUGCAAUGCUCAUGGGCUCAUGGCGUUGUUAGUUAAUCUUGACGUUAAGCCCCAUAACUUGCCCAAAUCUACUAGCAGGUGAUCACAUUCCUUUUUUUUAAUUGGAUACAGAAUCAACAUGUCAAACCCAUUUUACCAACCUGUUGUAAAACAUUGCUGAAUAGCAGAUCUGGUCUAUUAUUAUG